CCAAAAAAAAAAGCCUUCUCGCCUCUAUUUCUUACCUCUGCUCUCCGAGGGCUUUCGUCGGUGAACACGAUUCCAGAGGAAGAACACGCGGAGGUCUGAGGAGUCAAGCACUUGGAUCUAAGCAAAAUGUUUUUUGAUGGAUUUGGUUAUCAUGGAAAUUCUUUUGAGCAGACAUACCGCUGUUACCCUGCAUCUUUUAUUGAUAAGCCGCAGCUGGAAAGUGGUGAUAAAAUUAUAAUGCCUCCCUCUGCCCUUGAUCGUCUUGCAUCUUUACACAUUGAUUAUCCGAUGUUAUUUGAACUGCGGAAUGCUGCCACCGAGCGAGUUUCACAUUGUGGUGUGCUGGAAUUCAUUGCAGAAGAAGGCAUGAUCUACAUGCCAUAUUGGAUGAUGCAAAAUUUACUUUUGCAAGAGGGAGAUACUGUGAGCGUCAAAAAUGCUACCCUCCCUAAGGGAACAUAUGUCAAGCUGCAGCCUCACACAAAAGACUUUUUAGAUAUCUCAAAUCCCAAAGCCAUCUUGGAAACAACACUAAGGAAUUUCUCCUGCUUAACCACAGGUGACAGCAUCAUGGUAGCGUAUAAUAAUAAGAAAUAUUACAUAGAUAUUGUCGAAACAAAGCCCUCUUCUGCAAUCAGUAUCAUUGAAACAGACUGUGAAGUUGAUUUUGCACCUCCACUUGACUAUAAAGAACCUGAACGACCACAACGUUCUUUUCCUACGGGCAAAGCACCGUUUCCAGUUCAGGAUGCUCAAGCUGAAGCUGAAGUUGAACCAAAAUUCACCCCAUUUACUGGCUUCGGGAGACGACUGGAUGGCAAACCUUCAAAGCAUCAAGCUCCAACUGUUUCUCCCCCAGCAAAGGGAAGACAAUCUGAAAUGACCGAUGGUGGGAAGAACUUAAAAGCAUCCACUUUUGAGAGCAGUUCAUCCCGUCGGACUAUGGGAAAGCUUGUCUUUGGUUCAAAUGCAAAUCGUGCCUCAAAAGAAGCACAGGGCUUGAAAGAAAAGACGGAAGAGCCAGGAAAGAAAGAAGAGCCCAAGUUCCAGGCAUUUAGUGGGAAGAAAUACUCAUUGAAAGGUUGAACAACAGAUUGUUGUUGUUUUCCUCGUGUUUAAUAUAACUUAUCUGCAUUAAAAUAUUUUAACUAUUUUCUGGUAUGUUACUCUGUAACUGACAAGGAAAUAAUACACCUUUGGACUUUCUUAAAUUUGUUAAUUUAGAUUGUUAUCUACCAUAAUGCCCAUAGUCACUUCUUCUCA